AAAAACCUUCCGUACGAGAUUCAAACGAAAGUUAAUUAUUUUAUUGCAUUUUACUGGGAAAAGUGGCUAGGGAGGAAGAUAAUUCCAGUAAAGAGUUGGCAGAUUUAAGUAGCCGGAGUUUAUGGCCCAAAAUCCCACUUUUGGGAGAAUGGGAAAGAGGCAGAUUUUCCACCAAGCGACAAAAUCCAAUGUGCGUCUGUCUCUAAAACCCAACCUCAGUGCGGAUUACGGCGUUAUCAACUGAUAGCGUCGCCCGGAUACUGAUAUCAGGCGUAGCAGAAAUUACACUGGCGCAAUCCUUUCAUUUCCAAUUUUAAUGUGUGGCGGAGAAAAUGUAUAAUGAUUUCUACGUGAUUGCUAUUUAGGUGUUUGUGCGCGCGCUGGCAGGGGGGGGGGGUAACAGGAGCAUGACCACCGAGGAAAAGUAGGAAGAGGAAUCAAGGAUACAGUAUAGAGGAGGGGAGGGAGGGAGAGAGGAAAUCGCACACGCCGCAAGAAUUCGCCGAACGGAUUGGGAGAGAGGAAACGGAACGGGGGGAAGAAAGGAGACGGUGGACUGCUUUGUUUUGGGAGAUCAUCUGUAAGGACAAGGAGACCAGGGGAUCGUAUCGAGAGCUGCUCGUCUGCUUUGUUUUUCUUUAACCCUAGUGCCCGAAAGGGGAGCUUGCUAGCUAAUAUAGGGGAAUCGGCAGGGUAUGGAUAGCCAGUAGCUAAUGAUAUUUGCCAUGUCGUUGAGGUAGGAUUCGCAACCUAGAUGAUAUUUCGCUUAACAUCUUGCGUCAUAGAUAAAACGCAUAUGGGGCAUGUUUUUUUAUUACCGAUAAUGAGACGCAAUCCGUUUACGUGCGUGUGGUUCUGACAAUGAAACAGGCUGUUUAAGUAUUUAAACAAUCUGAAUAUAGCCGGACACGAUUUUGUUGCCUUGUCAGAUAUUACGAAUGAUCAGCAUCAUUUAGUCAGUUAUGUUUUGUUUUGACAACGCAUGUUUAGCCACGGAUUUACUUUACAUUGAUGUUUAGGAACAGGGUCACCAAUUAACAGCUGAACUACGGAAACGACGGGGAUCCGGAUCGAGCCACGCUCCUGUCCGGAGACUCCGCAUAAUAAAUAGGAAUCCGUCACAUUCGAAGCCUCCGCAAGGCCCAAGUCACAAAUGCCGUCUUUGCAGGCGUUGGAAAAGCGCCAGCAACAUUAUAUUAUUAUUUUGCCAGUCUCCCUUUCGUAAGGUUUUGUGCCCGUUACAUCGGUAUUCUGCUCCAACGUUGCACUCCAUGCGCUUCAACAGAUCCAAAGGUAUCCGAUCGUGAGGAAAAGGACUCAUUAAGGACAGGGAGAAGUUGCUGAAAUACGUAGGGAAAACGGCACAUUGCGGGCUCUUGGGGAGAAUAAGGGGUAAGGAAAAAGCAGCCAAGGGUUUAAAUAAAUAAGUUUAGGACGGGAUCGGCUUUCAAUGUUAAUGUCGACCGACGUAGCAUCAAUUAUGUUACCCGUAUCCCGGGGAUUAAUGGACCGGGAGAGGGACUUGGACGCGAUGGUUCACCCGAACGCUGCCGGUUCCUCGGCGGCUGUCAGGGGGAUGAAAAGGGGAGAUCCGGAGCCCGACGCUCAGACCACGGCGGCGUUUACCGAAUCACCGGCGGCGGAGUGCAAGCGGCCAAGGAUAGACGGCUCCAUGGGAGCCGCUGAGAUCGGCCAGGGCUCCCAAGAUGCAACGGGAGGUCAGGAGGGACUGGUAGCUCCGCCCUUCUCAGCCUUCCCGCCCCCACCGCCUCCCCCGCCCCCUCAGAACGGCCUGGGAUUGGAGUUCGGCGGUGGCCUCUUCGGCGCCGGGGGACAGAGGCCAGUGGAGGGUGGAACUGGAGUUGCUGGUUCCACUGGCACCAAUAACGGCUUGAGCGCUGUGACUGAUGGCACCGGCCAGAUCGAGGCAGGCAGUCAGUGUGGAGUGCGGCCUGGGGGCGGGGCAGUGGGAGGAGCCUGUGUGGGCGAGGGCUCGGAAGCUAAAGGCUCCCCCAAGCGCCUCCACGUCUCGAACAUCCCGUUCCGCUUCCGGGACCCCGACCUCAGGCAGAUGUUCGGGCAAUUUGGAAAAAUCCUCGAUGUGGAAAUCAUCUUUAACGAGAGAGGAUCCAAGGGGUUUGGCUUCGUGACAUUCGAGUCCAGUGCCGAUGCGGAGAAGGCCCGUGAAAAGCUGCAUGGGACGCUGGUGGAGGGUCGCAAGAUCGAGGUGAAUAACGCCACUGCCAGGGUGAUGACCAAUAAGAAGCUAGUCAGCCCGUACACCAACGGGGAGGGGCUAGGCUCGCUGCCAUAUGCAGGCUGGAAGCUGAGCCCAGUGGUGGGGGCCGUCUAUGGGCCCGAGCUCUACGCGGUACCCGGGUUCCCGUACCCCGCUACCACGGCAGCUGCCUUCCGCGGCGCUCACCUGAGGGGUCGGGGUCGCCCCGUGUACGGUGCCGUCCGCGCUGCCGUCCCCCAGCCCGCCAUCCCCGCGUAUCCAGGUGUGGUGUAUCAGGAUGGGUUUUAUGGAGCCGCAGAACUAUAUAAUAGUGUUUCAGGACACUGUCAUUAGUGCCAGAUUGCCUCAGGUAGGGUCGGUAUAAAAUCCAGUAUGCAUUUAUUACCGUCGAUUUAUUGUUUUGAUAUUGAUCAUUUAAAUUGUGAUGGCAUUUCUGUACUAACUCACUGGAAUCUGACACUGGCGGAAUUGGGGAAGGGGUUAUGCUGUCAUCACCAUCCCCAUCAUUUUCAUCUUCAUCAUUUUAUAAUAAAAAACACACUAGCGCAGUAACUUUUAAACUAAGGUCUUAUCACAGGUAAUAUAAAUGGAUAGGAACUGUACUUUAAGGUAUAUGAAUUUCAUCUGGGAAAUUUUACAUUAGGAUUAAAAGUCUUGUAGUCUGACAGCCUGUCCCUCUGUCUUGCUCGUAAGAACAUAUCAAACUGUGUUUUUUUUUUACGCAACAGUAAGUGCAUGGCUUGCGGCAGUUUGCGUCAAUUGCAUUUCUGGCGUACACCCCAUAAUCAGUGCUGACAGAUAUCUGCAAACGCUCUGUGAACUUUUGGGUUUGUUACUGAGAAAUAGCUGGAAAAGCUGUAAUCAGUAAAAGUCAGGGGUGGGGGGGGGGGGGGGCUAUGAAAUUGGCUUUCAGUCCCAUUUAUUCUGGUGAAUAAAUGUUCAGUAUUUUGUAGGAAGAGUGUGGGGGUCGACCCCAUACGGAAUCUGUUGGUAGAGUUUUGUUUCAUUGCGUCUCUCUGGCCCAGGGCGGUUCAGCUGGGCACGUUAACCUGCCUGCCCGGGCAAGAGUGGGGCAUGUUUUAGCGGGACUCGCAGGCCCAGCUGCACUGCGUUUGUCACAUUAGGGUGGGACUCGCUGACCCAGCUGCACUGCGUUUGUCGCAUUAGGGUGGGACUCGCAGGCCCAGCUGCACUGCGUUUGUCGCAUUAGGGUGGGACUCGCAGGCCCAGCUGCACUGCGUUUGUCGCAUUAGGGUGGGACUCGCAGGCCCAGCUGCACUGCGUUUGUCGCAUUAGGGUGGGACUCGCUGACCCAGCUGCACUGCGUUUGUCGCGUUAGGGUGGGACUCGCAGGCCCAGCUGCACUGCGUUUGUUGCGUUAGGGUGGGACUCGCAGGCCCAGCUGCACUGCGUUUGUCGCGUUAGGGUGGGACUCGCAGGCCCAGCUGUACUGCGCCUGUUGCGUUAGGGCGGGACCCGCAGGCCCAGUUACACUGCAUUUGUCGUGUUAGGGUGGGACUCUCAGGCUCAUUUGAACUGCGUUUGUCGCAUUAGAGUGGAACUCACAGGCCCAGCUGCACUGCAUCUGUCUCAUUAGGGUGGGAUUCGCAAGUCCAGCAGCACUGCGCCUGCUACAUUAGGGCAGGACUCACAGGCCCAGCUGUACUGCAUCUGUCCCAUUAAGGCAACAUCUGAUGCACUAAGACAGGACUCACAGGCCCAGCUGCACUACGUCUCUUGCAUUAGGGCUGUCAGGACCCCACCAGCACAGUUAGGACCUCAUCCCUAACCCCUUCCCAAUAUCUCGCUCUAUUGGUUCGCUUCACCUGUGGCAUGCUGAAAUGAAAUCAAUGUGAGCAUGCUGACACCCGUACCCCACCCUUCUACCCCAUCCCCUCCCCCCAAUUUUACCCUCUUUCCUCCUGUUCUCAUCUCUCUCUCCCUGCCCUUUAUUCUGCUACCUUUACCUCUCUAUACCCGAAUCCUCAUUUCCUUUUGGUUUCUCCAAAAUUUCCUCCUCCUCUUCCUCCCCUAUUCUACCCACUUUUCAUCUUUUGGACACCCCCCCCCCCCCCCCACAGGCAUAUGGAGGAAUGCUGGGAGUCGUAGUUAAUUAGGGUAGAAUGCAGUGGUGUGUUUGAUUGGGAUUGCCUUUCUCUCUCUCUAUUUUUUUUUCUUAAUUUGGGAUGCAUGCUGUCUUUCUGUUGUGGCCACGUUUCUGUUCGUCCAUCUCUGUCUGUCUCUGUCCGAUCGUCUUUUGGCACAGAAAAAUGUCCUGUUUAAUUUAUGCAUUCGGGAAGAUAACACUGGGGGUAAUUUACACCAUUGGCUUUAUUUAUUCAUCGUCCUGUGUGUCAUGGGGGGCUUCUGCCGUGAAAUAGCCCUGUUACAUUCUCCUUAUGUCGUGUCUCUCGUCAGCGUCUCUGUCCCCCUGUCAUUUAUUCCCCUCUUUUUGUUGUUUACCUCUUGCUUCGCUUGGUCUCAUGACAUCUUUCCUCUUGCUGCUUUAGCGCCAGUCCUGAAGAGCCGCGGGCCGGACGGCGGGUUCUGUCCGCAGGCUCUCACACGCGGUUCUUUAUCGCACAGCUGCAUUUAUAAAUGAAUGAAGUACCGCGGCUCUCCGGGACUGGUGCUAAGGAGCCCGAUGUUGCGUGCUAAGCGUCGUCUCCCCCCCCCAGUAAAGCUGGCCCACCAUACUGAGCUUUCCGCUCUCGU